AUGGGACAGGUUGAACUCUCUUCGUGUUCGGUUGAGGAGUAUUUUGCCUCCCUUCUUCAGCCCCAGCGAAGGAAGAAGAAGAAUAUGGAGAAGGAGGAAGAAGGAAGAGGGAGAUCAAGAGACUCCCAGAGCCACGUCGUCGGGUGUUGUGUUGGUUUUACCUUCCAUCAUAAUUUCGUCACCAACAUUAAAGCAUCCAAGAUCGAAAUCUUCGCUGCCUUGCAAAACCGCCGGCCCCCUCCCCCCGUUUCAUCGCAUGGUCUAUCUGUAACCGCUGGAUCACAGGCACCCGUCCUGACUAACGAGCGAGUUACCGACUGCGAGCUAUCGGUCACACAGACCAAGCAAGCACUAUCAAUAACUUGUACCGUCAAGCCCAAAAACGUGGCGCGGCCUUUAUCACCGUCAUCGUCUUCUUCGUCUUUUCCUUCGUCCCUUCUUUUUACCCUCUAG